AUGUUACAAAAUUUAGGACAUCUUUCGCAACAAGAUUUGUUAAUCAAAUUAGUUAAAAAGGAAGAAGAGGUUCAAAAUCUAUUGGGUGAAUUACAAACAUUAUCUCAAACACUUGCACCUGAAUUUUCUUAUGAACCAGCCUAUCGGAAAAAAUUUCUUGAUCCUGCUAUUAAUGCUUUAUUUCGUACUAUGAAAAUGGAACUAGAAGAAAAAGAUAAAACAAUUGAAAAUUUAAAGAGAGAGUUGGAUGGUGUAGGAUUUACACCUAAUAGUAUUACAGGUAAGAAACUUGUAGAGAAAUUGAGAACAUUACAAAAUGAAAAUGAAGAAUUAGGCAGACAACUUCGACAAGGACGCGUGGAACAAUAUGAAGUGGAGAUAGCUUUGCAAAGAAAAGUUAUUGAAGAGUUGAAAAUUGCAAUUAAAAGAAAACAAAGUAUAGUUUUAGAAGAAGAGAUGGAACGUCUUCAAGAUCUUUUAUUUCAAAUGCAUGCAAAAGUGAAUCGUUAUGAAAAACAAGCCAGGCCUGAAAGAAAAAAUCAAAGAGAUGAUUUCUCUCCAUCAAAACAACAGAUAGAUGAUGUUUGA